GGGGGUUUAGCGUCGUCAAUGGGAAGCACACGCCACGGUGGAAAAGCGAAUACUGUCUAGCUAACUUCAUUUACAACAUGGGUUCCACGUCGAUUCCGUGUUUGUGGAUUACAUUUUGCAUUCAUUUAUGUUGUUUUAUGGACACUGGAAAAGCACAGAAUGCGAAAGAAGUGAUUCUGUUGGAUUCCAAGGCGCAGCAGACAGAGCUGGAGUGGAUAUCCUAUCCUCCUAGUGGGUGGGAAGAGAUCAGCGGGUUGGAUGAAAACUACACCCCCAUUCGCACAUACCAGGUUUGUCAGGUCAUGGAGCCGAAUCAGAACAACUGGCUUCGGACUAGCUGGAUAGAGAAGGGCGAUGCCCAGAGGAUUUUUGUGGAACUGAAGUUCACCUUGAGGGAUUGUAACAGUCUACCCGGUGUGGUGGGCACGUGCAAGGAGACAUUCAACCUGUAUUAUCAGGAAACCGAUUCGGAAGUCGGCAGGAAUAUACGAGAGAACCAGUACGUGAAAAUUGACACAAUCGCAGCAGACGAGAGCUUCACCCAGGGGGACCUGGGAGAGAGGAAGAUGAAGCUGAAUACAGAAGUGCGCAUCAUUGGGCCGCUGUCCAGACGAGGGUUUUACCUGGCCUUCCAGGAUGUAGGGGCAUGCAUCGCUCUGGUCUCUGUCAAAGUUUAUUACAAGAAGUGCUGGUCCAUCAUUGAGAACCUGGCCACUUUCCCAGACACAGUGACGGGGUCAGAGUUCUCCUCUCUGGUCGAGGUCGAGGGCACGUGUGUCAGUGACGCCGAGGAGGAGGCCGACAACUCUCCCAAGAUGCACUGCAGCGCAGAGGGGGAAUGGCUGGUGCCUAUAGGGAAAUGUAUAUGCAAAGCGGGAUUUCAUCAGAAGGGCGAUGCAUGUGAACCAUGUGGCCGUGGAUUCUACAAGUCCUCGUCCCAGGACCUGCAGUGUUCGCGCUGCCCAGCACACAGCUACAAUGAUCGGGAGGGCUCGUGGCGCUGCGACUGUGAGGACGGCUACUACCGGGGACUCUCGGACCCACCCUCUGUGGCCUGCACAAGACCUCCCUCGGCGCCACAGAACCUGGUCUACAACAUCAACCAGACCACGGUCAGCCUGGAGUGGAGCCCGCCGGCCGACACGGGCGGCCGCAACGACGUCACCUACAGGAUUAUGUGCCGGCGCUGCAGCUGGGAGGCCGAGGAGUGCGUAGCGUGCGGGGGGAACGUGGGAUACUCCCCCCAGCAGGCGGGAUUAGUGGACACCUACGUGAGCGUGGUGGACCUGCUGGCCCACGCCAACUACACCUUCGAGGUUGAGGCAGUCAACGGGGUAUCUGACCUCAGCCGCACCCAGAGGCUGUUCGCAGCAGUCAGCAUCGCCACCAGUCAAGCAACUCCCUCCCAAGUCAGUGAAGUCAUCAAGGAGAGAGUGCAGCAGCGCAGCAUCCAGCUCUCCUGGCAGGAGCCUGAGCAGCCCAAUGGGGUCAUCACCGAAUAUGAGAUCAAGUACUACGAAAAAGACCAGAAGGAUCGCAUCUACUCCACAGUGAAGUCCAGGUCCACGUCAGCCACAGUGAACAACCUGAAACCCAGCACUGCCUACGUGUUCCAGAUCCGAGCCUUCACCGCGGCCGGCUACGGCACCUAUGGACCCCGGCUGGAGGUCACCACCAAGGAGGAGGCCUCAGCAGCCACCAUUGUCUCCAGCGAGCAGAAUCCCGUCAUCAUCAUCGCGGUGGUGGCCGUGGCGGGGACCAUCAUCCUGGUCUUCAUGGUGUUCGGCUUCAUCAUUGGGAGAAGACACUGUGGCUACAGCAAGGCGGACCAGGAAGGAGACGAGGAGCUGUAUUUCCAAUUUAAAUUUCCAGGCACCAAAACGUACAUUGACCCUGAAACCUACGAGGACCCCAACAGGGCUGUCCAUCAAUUUGCCAAGGAGCUGGACGCGUCCUGCAUUAAGAUUGAGCGAGUUAUUGGAGCAGGAGAGUUUGGGGAGGUGUGUAGUGGACGGAUGAAGCUCCCAGGGAAACGGGACAUGUCAGUGGCCAUUAAAACCCUGAAGGUGGGCUACUCAGAGAAACAGAGGAGGGACUUCCUGUGUGAGGCCAGCAUUAUGGGCCAGUUUGACCAUCCCAAUGUUGUCCAUCUGGAGGGAGUGGUGACCAGAGGCAAACCGGUGAUGAUUGUGAUUGAAUAUAUGGAAAACUGCUCGUUAGAUGCUUUUCUCAGGAAACACGAUGGUCAGUUCACAGUGAUCCAGUUAGUGGGGAUGCUGCGGGGCAUAGCAGCGGGGAUGAGAUAUCUCUCCGACAUGGGGUAUGUCCAUCGAGAUCUGGCUGCACGAAACGUACUUGUCAACAGCAAUCUCGUAUGUAAAGUGUCUGACUUCGGCCUGUCAAGAGUGAUCGAUGACGAUCCCGAGGCUGUCUACACAACAACGGGGAAGAUGCAGGAUAUAAUGAAUUUGAUCUUUACUCCAGCCACUGACCUGCAUUUUACUGAACAGGGUGGAAAAAUACCUGUUCGAUGGACAGCAAUGGAAGCCAUCCAGUACCGUAAAUUCACUUCCGCUAGUGAUGUGUGGAGUUAUGGCAUUGUCAUGUGGGAGGUCAUGUCCUAUGGGGAACGGCCUUACUGGGACAUGUCCAAUCAAGAUGUGAUAAAGGCCAUAGAGGAGGGGUACCGCCUCCCUGCUCCCAUGGACUGCCCUCCAGGCCUGCACCAGCUAAUGCUGGACUGCUGGCAGAAAGACAGGGCCGAUCGUCCCAAAUUUGAUCAAAUAGUUGGCAUCCUUGAUAAGAUGAUUCGCAAUCCCAAUACCUUGAAAACCCCGGUGGGAACCUGCACGAGACCGAUUAGUCCCCUGUUAGAUCAGAGCACACCAGACUUCACCACUUUCCGCUCGGUUGGGGAGUGGCUGGAGGCCAUCAAGAUGGAGAGAUACAGAGACAACUUCACCGCCGCUGGCUACAGCUCACUGGACUCUGUGGCCAGGAUGUCAAUUGAGGAUGUGAUGAGCUUGGGGAUCAGUUUAGUGGGCCAUCAGAAGAAGAUCAUGAGCAGCAUACAGACUAUGAGAGCCCAGAUGCUGCAUCUCCAUGGCACAGGAAUCCAGGUGUGAUGACAGACUACAGUGCCCCCUGUGGACGGGCUAUCUAGAGCAGCACUAAGGCAAAACCUCCCAGGAUAAUCAUUGAAAAUCAUGUGACGUGAUGUCGUCUCCUAUCUGACUAUUUUUUUUCCGGAUGUUUCGGAAUGAAAUCAUUCCUGUGGUCCUUGGCGAAGGAUUUGAACCCCUCUUUAGAACGGGUACUAAGGAGAGAAUGACAGCAUACUACCUGAACAUGAUGCCGAACUUAAAAACGCUCUGAGGAACUCUCAACAACAUAUCAAAUAGAGACGGAGCUUUGGAAAACGAGUUUGAUACGUAUUACCUUGUUCUUUUAACCUCGUGGAGGAUUUUAUUUGUGCACCAUGAAAAUGGAUUUCACUUUAUAAAAAGGAAAAAGAAAGAAGAUUUCAAACCAUUUGUUUAUUCCCCUUGCGGUGGUUUUUCAGUAUUUUCUUUACUAGUUUGUUCAUUUUGUUAGUGCCAGGAGCCACAGUGAUAUGGUGGUACGUACAGUAAUCUUUCAUUUUUAUUUUCCCCUUACAAUUCUUUUCGUCCUUUUUUUUCUAUUUUGGACUUGACAACAGGGUAAACGCUCCCAUCCAAAAGGAUGAGUAUGGUGUCUGAACAUUUUGGUGGAAAUGAUUUUCGAGGUACUUUGACCAGUUUGUCUUGAGACACUACUGGCUGUUUUAACUGUUUGCAGUGAGUUGUGCUUUUUUCUUCCUGAUGUUUUUGAAGUGAACGACGGUAUGCUGCACCUCAGAUAAGUGACUUCAGAGAUAGUAGUGUCCUCUCGGUCGUUUGAAGCUUACAGGAGUGCUUUGCUUGUACGCAUUUGCCUGAACACAGAUGCUCCCAUUUUGUGAUGGAAAAUCAGAUUUCAAAUUUGUAUGUCGGAAAUUUUGAAACAGUAUGACACCAAUCAUUCAAGUUGAUUUGAGACUGAUCACAACUUUUCUAUCUAAUAUCAAGCAUCAAAGUGGCAACAUUCUUGACAUGUUCAUGUUUACCACAUGAAUCAUUUUAUCAUAUUGUCCAAUGUGCUUUCAAUCUGAACCUUGAUUUCCGUUGUUGAAUUCAUCAAUUGAACGUUUCCACAGAUUGCUCUACAGAAGGAUUGUAUUGAAACUUAAUGAGAUGACUUGAUCCACUGCAAAUGGUGUUGCCAUUGAAACCCCCCCCCCCCCCCCAAAAAAACAUUUUUGCAGCAAAUGGUAUUUGUUUUGUAUUUUAGUGAAUACGGUGGUUGAGGGUGAAUCUAGGAAAUGCUGUGUACGCACUUUCUAUAAGUAAUAAUGCCUUAAAAUGUGUUAGACUAAUAUAUUGACAUUAUUUUUAGGCUAUUCAAUGGCAAUGUUUUUUGCAGUUCAGUGAGACAUGUCUUGUGUCUGAAUGGAAAGGUUCCCCAUUUUCUUUGUGGUAUCAUUUCAUGCAGGUUGACGUUUAUUGUUACGAAUCUUUCCCUGGAGGCAGAACUGAGCAGUUUCCGCUAGACGGGCCAGCUGCAAAAUCCAAAUGGGCUAUAUCGUAAAAAUUCAUGAAAACAAACAUUCGCUUUUUGGUCUUAAAUGAAGGUACGGGUUAGACAUUAGGGUUAGCAGUGUGGUUAAAGGAAGGGAAAGGGAAAGGGGGAUACCAAGUCAGUUGUACAACUGAAUGCAUUCAACUGGAAUGUGUCUUCUGCAUUUAACCCAACCCCUCAAGGCUAGGGUUAAGGUUAGAGUGUAGGUUUACAAUCAGGUUUUAUGACUUUGUGGUUGUGCAAGCUCGUGACCACCCUGCAGAGCUGCCUCCAAGGCAAGACUCAUGAAAGUAAAUGCCAACCUGCUCCAUUCAUCAUGAACUUGAAAAUCAUGCACACUUGCGUAUGUUGAAUUUCACGAUUGAUGAUUGAUGAUUGACCAAAUAAAGCAAUAAUGAGUCCAGGUAGAAAUGGUCUCAGAGAUUUGAAGGUGCUAGGUUUUUACAGAAAUGCCCGUUGUGCUGGGAUAAUAUAUCGGUAUACUUAAGUUAUCAAAUCAUUAAAUAGUAAUGCCACUUACGAAAUGGUAUCCCCGAAUAUGCUAAUGACUUAAUAACAAGGUCACAGUGUAUGACUAUAUUUGGAACAUAUGGCUGUAACCGUGGGGUGAAAUGACAUUCAAGCAGCAGAGAGGCACACGCAUUAGUCAUGACAUCAUCCUUUCCAUUGCACCACACUUCAUUUGAAGGCCUUCAGUUUGGCAUGAGGUACUUACAGCAUCUAAUAACCCAAAUAUCAUGAUAUAUAGAAAAUCCCGAUACUCCUUAUUACGAUAAUCAUACUGUGAAAAUCACUUACCGUCCCAGCCCUAGCCAUUCAGGAGAGCCAGGCAAACAGUAUGGGUGAUGUAACAUGCAUAAAAUGCUUCUUUUUUUUUUUUACAUCCCUGCCCCUUUGUAUGCUAAUCAGGGCACAGAGAUUAGGAAUGGGCUCUACAAAGAUGUGCUAAAAAGCCAACCUAAUGGUGCCAUCAGUCUUCACCUUUUACAACAAAAUGAAUGUUAUCAUAAAUGUCUUCAGCAUUGUAUUAUUCUCCGACGAAUGGUUGGUUCACUCAUUUCUUUCUCAUUAAAUGUAAGGAAUAUUUCCAACUGCAGUUGUGUAAAAAAAUAAAAUAGGGGGAGGUUUCACAGUAUUUUGAACAUACAGUACCAGUCAAAAGUUUGGACACACCUAGUCAUUCAAGGGUUUUUCUUUAUUUUUACUAUUUUCUACAUUGUAGAAUAAUGAUAACUAUGGAAAACACAUAUGGAAUCAUGUAGUAA